AUGCGGUCGAGUCGCAGCAUAACGAUCGGCGGCCGUUUGGAGAAUACAAAGACAAAACGAGACACAGACGAUGCGAUGAUGCGUCACUUGAAAAAGCCGUUGCUUGGCGUUCUGAGUGGUCUGACCCUCAAUCGCAACUGGCUCUUCCAUCUUGUGCUGAAAAACGAUUCACGCGUGGUCGUCAGUGGAGACGUCAAGCGCUACUCGUUCCCCCUGGAAAUCGACUUUAAGCGACAGACGUCCAGCAACAACAACCAAACUCAGCACGAGCAGCACGUGGUCGGGAUGCGAGACAAGAUGCUAGCGAGUUCCAGUGUCCCACAGAGCACCGCCGACGAGCUGCUUCUUUCUGGUGAGACGUUGGCUGGCUCUGGUUGCAGAGACAACGUUGACGACGAAGACUGCGUUUCGUUCAUUCCUAACACCAGUGGUACGUUGACUUUAUUCCAGAUUGAUAUAAUGCUUUGUCUUGUUGGUCUAAUAAUAUUUUCCUUAUAACA